AUGUCUGGAGGUGUUCGCAACCUGCGAGCCAUGUUUGAGAAUAAGGAUCCCGCCGAUCCGCCAGAUAGAGGUCGCUCUCCUGGAGGAUCAAUAGGCAUCCCCAGUGCUGCAACGUCACCCCGCCCUCUUUCGAAAGUGCGAACGAGCUUUGUGACCGUCGAGCGGCCGGGUGGAAUGGGCGGGCAGCUGGGCCUGAGGAGAGAGAAUAGCAGCGAACCAACCAUCCUGAAACGGAGAUCGAGCUUCAGUAUUGACGGGGAGAAUCCGAAAGAUUCCAUGGAAAAGAAGACGCCCAUGCCUCCGGACAGCGCCUCUAGGAAGCCUAGUUCUGGGUUUGAAGCAGCCGCUGCUAAAGAAACGCCGCGGGUCGAGGUAGACCAAAAAGCAGAAGUCGCAAAUGGCAACGAUAGGAGGAAAGAGACGGUUAAACCUUUUAUAGCGAAGCCGGAUGAGAAGGUGGUCGCUGCACAUAUGAAUGGGGCUGGAAAGCCUACAGUCACCAAAGCGGCUGAAAAGCCAGCAUCCACCAAAUCGACUACGAAGCCGUCUCCCAUAUCAGUCGCCAAAACAGCUACAGCUCCAAAAUCCUCUCCAAAGAAGAAUCUCAAAGCUCCAGCAGCACCCAAGACACCAACUACACCAAACAGAAGCCAUGCAAAGGAGGCACCAGUGAAGAUUACAGAGAGCAAGCACAGCAAAACUUCAACAACAGCAAGUCAUCCGCCAAAGCCCGCCAGCCGGCCACCAACCACCGCUGCCCAUGGAUCGGCCGCCAAAUCAAGAAUUCAACCGUCACCACCACAAACUGGAUUCAAAAAACCACGGCCUAGAUCUCCAACCCGGCCAGUUAAACUUCCUGCGUCGCUCACAGCACAUACUGCUUCGUCGGGAUCGAAGACCACUUCAUCACCGCCCUCCGUUCGACGAUCGCUUAGUCGUGCAUCCGGAAACUCACAACCUCCCAACUCAUUACAAGCACACCACGCCGCCUCCCGCUCACCGAGUCGAGCAAGCCUGACGACUACAAAGUCAACCCUCGCCCGCAAACCAUCAAAUCUAAACAAAGCCAGCGGCAGACCUUCACUUGGCCCCCCACCCCCUGCAGUAAAGAAACAAGCAUCGCGAGCCAGCCUAGGCCAGCAGUCGGCCCCCGCUGAUGAUUCGUUCCUGGCUCGAAUGAUGCGGCCAACUACGUCUUCUGCAUCUAAGACGGCCGACAAGCCAGACAUGACCCCACCGAAGAGAGCACAGUCUGUUAAGACGCCAGUUACGAGGGAUAGAACAUCGCAAGCUCAUGAUGCAUCGAAUGGAAGUCCGGCUCCUAAAGUGAAGGAAGCUGCUCCUACGAUGCCGGCUGUGAAGCAACCUAAGCUAGCGGUGAAGGAGCCCAAAGUAGUGGCACCUACAGUGAUCAAGGAGAAAGCAGAAGUCGAGAACAAAACUGUCGCCGAAGAACCGGCACAGAAUCUACACGUAGCAGAAGUCAAGGAGGUGCCAGCUGAGAGUCAUACUAUUGAGGACCCUCCUGCUGAGCCUAAGGAAAUACAAACGACAGAUGCUGCAGCUGUUGCCAAUGUUACCGAAGUUGCCGAUGUUGCCGAGGUUGCUGAAGUUGCUAAGGUUGCUGGAGUAGCUGAGGUUGCUGAAGUUGCUGAGGUUGCUGAAGUUGCUGAUGUUGUUGAAGUUGCUGAUGUUGUUGAUGUUGCCGAUGUUGCCGAUGUUAAGAUGGAGCUAGAGCUUGCUACCAGCGAAGAAGUGAAAGUAAAAGAGGAUUCAGCCAUCCCAGAGAUUGUGGAGGAAGUGGUGGAAGAUACCCAGCCGGUCAUCGUUUCUGAGCCGGAGCAAGCAUCGCCCGAGGAGAAAUCAUCAACUGAGGAGCCGGCAGUUCCCGCACCAGAUGUCGAGGAAGAAUCAGCUACCGAGGAGGAAGCGCCGAAGCAAUUAUCUGAGGUAUCGGAGCCGGGGAUUAUCCCCACACCAGCCAACAGCAAACCAGAAGUUGUGGAAGAUCCAGAAGAUGCCAAAGCAAGGGAUGAAAUCGCGAGACUCAAUGCUGAAUUCUUGAAGGAUGAGGAAGAGGCAAAGCUAGCCCAAAUCGAAUAA